AUGUCCAAUGCCGGAGAUGAAGACAAUUCAUGGCGUUUGUUCACUUCCGAAGACAUGAUACAGGGUUACAAGCGACUUAAGAGACGGAAGACUGCUAGGACCCGAGAGAAAGUAACUCGACGGACAAACAGCCAUUACGCCACCGAAACAAGCAUUGUAGAUAACCUAGAAAGGGAUAGUGGCGCUGUAGAUAUGGACGAAUCACCAAUGUCUGCAGUUAGUUAUUUACAAGACACAUUUCAAUCUCUACAAAAUAAUAAUGAAUCGUCCAAGGUCCAGGAUAGUGAAAUAUUUAUGACAGUUGCAUCGAAUAUGGUGAAUGGAUUUCUAACUCCAAUGUGUACACCUUCAUCUGUGAAAGAGACAUGCACGACUAAUUCUUGCAAGACCAGUUUGGGAGAACAUAAUCGGCCGUUGAGGACUCCCUUUGCUGAUAUAACGAACACUCUUGAUCGCAAUGUCGCUCAUACGAGCAAGGGUAGAGUUAAAGAGAAAUCAAAAGCAGCAUCCUUGGAAAGCAGAAACUCCAGAGAUAAAGGGAAAGCAAAAGAGUUUUUAACAUCAACACAUGAUGCAGGCACGACUAAUUCUUGCAAGACCAGUUUGGGAGAACAUAAUCGGCCGUUGAGGACUACCUUUGCUGAUAUAACAAACACUCUUGAUCGCAAUGUCGCUCAUACGAGAAAGGGUAGAGUUAAAGAGAAAUCAAAAGCAGCAUCCUUGGAAAGCAGAAACUCCAGAGAAAAAGGGAGAGCAAAAGAGUCAAAUUGGGAACAUGCACCUUUAAAAGAUUGGAGUCGUAACUUAUUUGCAGAGGAAUUCUCAACAAAUAAGAGCACUAACAGUGUGUUGUAUGAUGAGGAUUUGGAGGAGACAAGAUUUGAAGCUGCAUAUUUCUCGGAUGAUUCAUCCUCUGAUUUAGACUCUGCAGAUGCAGACCCUUAUGUCGAUGAUGAAUUUGAGGAUGAAAGUGAAGUUGAAACUGAUAGUGAGAACAUAAACCCAAAUCAAUCAAAUCUGCAGAAGAAGUGUAGACGUGGUAGCAAGUAUCUUAUACCUGAGGAAUAUGCUACGCUUGGCGGUCCUUCUAAACUCUGCAAAUCAUGCAAUGCUAUGAUGUGGCACGAGGAGAGGGUGAACAAGAACGUGACAAAAGGCAGUCCACUGUUCUCAAUAUGUUGCAAGAAAGGCGAGGUUAAAUUAUCAGAGCCAUUACCGACUCCCACUUAUCUGCGUAAUCUUUAUGAAGACAAGGUGGUAGGUGCAGAUUUCCAGAGAAGUAUUAGGCUGUACAAUGCUAUGUUUGCAUUUACUUCUGCCGGUGGUAAUGUUGACCAUUCUAUAAACAAAGGCAGGGGACCCUAUAUAUAUCGUUUAAAUGGGCAAAACCACCAUGUGUUUGGUUCUUUAAUACCCGAUGAUGGUGACACUCCAAAAUUCUGCCAGCUUUAUAUAUAUGAUACUGCACAUGAGGUGAGUAAUCGUCUGCGUUGGGUUAAUAUCUCUGACGAACAGCCUGUACAUGCAGAAGUUGUUGAUGGUUUGAUUAAGAUGCUUGAUGACACUAAUGAGUUGGUUAAAAAAUUCCGAACUGCGCGUGACCGAUGGGAGAAUAAUGAUAUCUUUGAUCUCAAAGUUGAGCUUAAAAUUUGUCGCGCUGAGAAUGGCCGGGAGAAUCAUAUAUCUGCGUCUAAUGAAGUUGCUGGAAUAAUGGUUGGUUCAACCUCGAACACUACUCCUGAUCGUGAUAUAAUAAUUGAGCCGAAGUUUGGCAAGCUGCAACGUGUUUCCUACAUUCAUCCCAAAUUUAUGGCACUUCAAUACCCUCUUCUGUUCCCAAACGGUGAGGAUGGAUACCAUGACCGAAUUCCAUUUCAGUGCGCGGAUUUGGAAAACCUAAAAGACCGAGAUUUUAUAUCUUUGAAAGAUUAUUAUGCCCACUGUUUCCAGAUCCGGCCUAAUCACUCUUUGACUACGCGGUUAGGUGGUAGGCUUUUCCAACAGUACGUUGUUGAUGCCUUCUCUUCAAUUGAACAAACACGUUUAUAUUGGUUUCGGAAGAAUCAAACAAUUUUGCGCAAUGAACUAUACAGUCAUAUAUGUGAUUCUGUGCGCAAAGGUGAUUUGAGUGGAUCAAAUGUUGGAAAAGGCGUAAUCUUACCAGCUGGUUUUGUAGGAUCAAAAAGAUAUAUGCAACAGAACUUCCAGGAUGCGCUAGCAGUGUGCCGCGAAGUUGGUCACCCUGAUAUUUUUCUCACUAUGACCACAAAUCCUUUGUGGGACGAAAUUCAGAAAAUGAUGCAUUAUCUUCCUGGCUGUAAAUCUGAGAAUUCUCCAGAUAUCAUUUCUAGAGUUUUUCGCCUAAAACUAGACCAGCUGACCAACGACAUAAAGAAGAAAGCUUAUUUUGGUGUUUGUAUUGGAGAGUUUCAGAAGCGAGGCCUGCCUCAUGUGCAUAUGCUCAUAUGGCUUGACAAAAAAUCCAAGGCUUAUCUGAAAAAUAAUGUUGAUAAGUUCGUGUCAGCUGAGCUCCCUGAUCCUGUUAAGGAUCCUGUUGGAUAUGCUGCAGUAAAGGCUUUUAUGAUACAUGGCCCGUGUGGAUUGCAGAACACUAAGUCUCCUUGCAUGAAAGCUCAAAAAUGUAUCAGGUACGCUGCAAGGACUACUUUCGAUGAAAGCGGAUUUCCAAUUUACCGAAGAAGAAGGCAGAGCAUAACAGUUAAUGUUCGUAAUGCAGAACUUGAUAAUCAGUGGGUGGUACCUUAUAAUCGGGAUUUAUUGGUCAAGUAUCAGUGUCACAUGAAUAUCGAGAUUUGUUGCCAUGCACAAAGUUUGAAAUACCUCUUCAAAUAUUGCCUAAAAGGCCAUGAUACUGCCACUGUACAUGUUACUGGGAGGAAGAAGAAAGCUUCAGACCAGAAUCCUGAUAAGGCUAUAGAUGAAAUUGAUGCAUAUUUCGAUGGUCGCUACAUUUGCGGUGCAGAGUCGGCCUAUCGGAUAUUUGGUUUUCCUAUACAUCACCGCACUAUUUCUGUUGAGCGACUGCCAUUCCAUUUACCAGGCCAGAAGAAUUGCACUUUCCAUUCUAAUCAGCCAUUAGACAAGGUUGCUGAUCGCGAGAAGAAUAGACUGAGCAAGUUGGAAGCAUUUUUCCAAUUAUGUACAGAAAAUGUGGUUGCUCAGGGAUACACCUAUCAAGAAAUUCCUCAGCAUUUUGUUUGGGAUGAUAGUAAUCGCAAAUGGAAACCAAGGAAAAGAGGUUAUCAGAUUGGACGUCUUUCCUACACACAUCAUAGUAGCGGAGAAGUUUGGUUCAUGCGUUUGUUGCUGACAAAAAUCCGCGGUCCAACGUCUUUCGAGAGUCUAAGAACAGUGAAUGGGAUAUGUUAUGAUACUUUCCGUGAUGCGUGCAAAGAAUUUGGUUUGCUUGAUGAUGACAAAGAAUGGCACGAAGUUUUAAAGCAAUGCUCAAAUGGUGGCCUGCCUCCUCAAAUUAGACAGCUUUUUGUUCACAUUAUUGUGAACUGCAAGGUUACUGAUUUAUUAAAUUUGUGGAGUUCUCAUUGGAAGCAAAUGGUUGAUGAUAUUUUAUUGAAAAGGAGGCACAUUAAUAAAGAUGAUACUCUGAUUUUGGAUGACAGACAACUACAAUUUUAUGCUCUUGCAGCUAAGAUUGAUGACUUGCUUAGGUCAAUUGGGAAAUCUUUAAAAAAUUUCCCUCAACUACCACAACCACCUGAGAACUACCUCAACCAUGGAAGUAAUAAUCUGAUUUUAGAAGAAACGAACUACAACAUUACUGAGAUGGAAAAAGAAAACCAGAAGUUGCUGGCAACUAUGAACGAUGAACAGUUAGAAGUGUACAAUGCCAUUUUGGAUUCUGUUGCUAAGAAUGAAGGGGGACUCCAUUUUGUUCAUGGCAGUGGCGGUUGUGGCAAGACCUUUCUUUGGAGGACUUUGAUUUCCAAGUUAAGAGCACAAGGGGAAAUUGUUCUACCGGUCGCAUCUUCAGGCAUUGCUGCCACACUUAUGCCAGGAGGUCGAACCGCACAUUCCAGGUUUAAAAUUCCUAUUGUAUUAGAUGAAUUAUCUGUUUGUGCUAUAGGUAGUAAAUCAGACAUUGCAGAAUUAAUUAGGCAUACCAAGCUUAUAAUUUGGGACGAGGCUCCCAUGCAACACAGAUUUGCCUUUGAAUGUUUGGAUCGGUCUUUGAGAGAUAUAAUGAGGUCUGUUGAUGAGAGUCGUGCCUUUCUACCUUUCGGAGGAAUUACAGUUGUACUAGGAGGAGAUUUUCGGCAAAUCCUUCCAGUUAUACCUCAUGGAGACAGAGCUGAGAUUUUGGCAGCAUGUAUAACCAGGUCAAGGCUUUGGAAUAUCUGCAAGAUCUUCGUUUUAAAAAGAAACAUGCGUCUCAACAGUGGUACAUGUCAGGCUGAAAGUGAUGAAUUGGAUAAGUUUGCCAAAUGGGUGCUUGCAGUGGGAGAUGGCAGGGUGGAAGCUAAUGAAGAAGCAAAAUCUCUUUUUGAUGAGGAUGGCAUUCAAGUGCCACCGCAAUUCUGUGAUUUGCAAAAUGACAAUACAGUCCAGAACAUGAUUCGUAGCAUCUAUCCAGAUUUUCUAAAGAAUUCCACGAAUGCAAAGUAUUUGAGUGAAAGAGCAAUCUUGACUCCUAUAAACCAAACUGUCGGACACUUGAAUUCACUAAUUAUUGAUAUGAUACCAGGUGAAGAAUUUACUUAUUACAGUGUUGACAGUGCAGAGGAGUUUGGUGGUACCGAUGAGGACUUGAAUUCUGCCUUCCCUGUUGAGUAUCUGCAUUCGCUAUCAGUUCCUGGAAUGCCUGUGCAUGACUUAAAACUGAAAGUUGGUGCAGUUGUGAUGCUAAUGAGGAAUUUGAAUCAAACCCUUGGUCUUUGCAAUGGAACUAGAAUGAUUGUGACAAAAUGCUUGAAAUUUUGUGUGGAGUGUGAGGUUAUUUGUGGAUCUUUUAUUGGCACUAGACACUUUAUCCCCCGUAUGGAAUUAAGUCCCAGUGAUUCUGUAUUACCUUUCAAGUUGGCGAGGAAGCAAAUGCCCCUGCAAAUAUGCUAUGCCAUGACGAUAAACAAAUCGCAGGGACAAUCUUUGCAAACGGUAGGUUUGUUUCUUCCAAAGGCUGUAUUCACACACGGUCAGUUCUAUGUAGCUGUGAGCCGAGUCACGUCUCCUGCCGGCCUGAAGAUUUUUAUUGACGACGACCGUGGUUUUCCUACCAGUAUAACGCAAAAUGUUGUUUACAAAGAGGUUUUUUAUGCGUUGCCUAAGUAG